UCCUCGCCAGGUAGGCGUCCGAUGAUCUGCUGCCGGUGAAAUGAUGGCCCCGACUCCAGCAGCCGUUCUCCGCCACACCACCGCCUUCCUCGACGAAGCCCUUUCCAACGCUGAUCUUCGUCACCGCAUCCUCUCAUCCGCGCGCUGGACCAUCCCCUCCGCCUCACCCGCCUCCGUCCGAGCCCUCUCCCUCCUCUCCGACGCUCUCGACUCCUCCUCUCCCACCGCCUCCUCCGCCGCGGACAAGAUCCUACUCUCCGUUUCCGGAAGAAACCCACUCUCCGCCGUCCUCCUUGCCCUCGCGCACGCCCUCCGUGGCCGAGCCGCCGCGGCCGCCCUCGCCCUCCUCGAUCUCUUCUCCCUCGAUCCAUCCCUAGCCCGCCACGACGUCGCACCGGCGGUCUUUGAGGCGCUCUUCCUCCCGCACCUCCUUCCGGCGCUCCGCUGGUUCGCGGACCAGCGGUCGCGCAUCCUCUCUUCUGCCUCCCUUCGGCGGGGAAGCCCGAAGGAUGAAGAGGACGAGGAGCGGUCGGUGGAGUCGGCGGCCGCGAUGAGCCUACUGUCGCAGAUGAGUGGGGGGCAAGCGGGGAGGUUGAAAGAGUUAGAGAGGCGGUAUGAGGACGUUAUUGAUGCAAAUUGCAGGGUUUAUGCAGAGUACCUGAAGGGGCUGGUUCAGACGGGUGGCGGAGGACGACGUCAGCCCUCAGCACCACCGCAGUUGGUUUUGACGAGUACUGACGAUGAGGAAGCGGGAUCUGAUGGGACGGUGGAGCAGGAGAAGGUAGAAACGAGCGAAGCUAUCGGAUUCAGGGACGGACGGUAUAAUCCAAUUUGGGCAGAAGCAGAUCCUUCUGUUGAAUUCUUUAGCAGGCAAAAUAGCCGACUCCAAACGAACAAUACAAGAGUUCCACCUGCAUAUCCUCAAAGGGUGUCUCCAGAAUUCUUUGCCGGGCCACCAUUUAGAGAUUACAGAACUGCUGAAGUUAAGUGGGGCCCGGAUAAUGGACCUACUUAUUUAUCUGAAGACAAUUUGGAGUGCUCUUCUUCUGAGAUCGAUCUUGAUGUAGAGGAAAGGAAAACAAACAGAAAAGUGUUAGAAACAAAUAGCCAACAGCUUCAGAGGCAUGCACAAGGCUCUGCAGAACGGAUAUGUAACCCGAGUAUGCAAAUGACUGAUUCUAGUAACACCUUUUCCGUGAGUAAACAAAUUCCUCCCAAGGAAUUUGUCUGCCCAAUAACAAGCAAUCUGUUUGAUGAUCCUGUGACACUUGAGACUGGCCAGACCUAUGAGCGCAGAGCGAUCCAAGAAUGGCUUGACCGUGGAAACUCAACAUGCCCCAUCACACGGCAAAAACUCCAGAGUACUCAAUUGCCCAAAACCAACUAUGUCCUAAAACGACUUAUAGCUAGCUGGCUGGAAGAGAAUCCAUAUUCUACUCCUAGUAGGUUGGAGGAUUCUCCUGGUGAGAAUUUUAGAGAUUCGAGUAUGUCACAAAGCCCAUCUUCACCACCGAGUGCUGUAACCCAACCUUCAAAUAUUGACGUCUCUUCUACUGAUAUUCGUCUUGCAAUAUCAUGCCUCUGCACAUCUGAAUUUCUUGAUGAAUCAGAGAAGGCUGUUCUCCAGAUUGAAACGUUCUGGAGGAAUGCUAGCUUAGAAACUGAGAUAACAGCAGUUCUCUCAAAACCGGCAGUUAUAAAUGGUUUCGUUGAAAUCUUGUUCAAUUCUGUUGACCCGAAUGUACUGAAAGUGACAAUUUUUCUGCUAUCCGAGCUGGCUUCAAGAGAUAAAUUUGUUAUUCAAACACUUAACAGGGUUGACUCUGAUGUGAAAUGCAUGAUUGCACUAUUCAAGAAGGGUUUGAUAGAGGCAAUAGUUUUGAUAUUUCUGUUAAAUCCUCUAUUGGAAACCCUUAUUGAGAUGGAUAUUGCUAAUGCUAUUCUAAUGGCUAUUGCAAAGAAAGAUGAUGAAUUAAUCAAGAUGUGUAUGAGCCCCAUGACCGCUUCAAUUCUUAUCUUAUGGAAAAUCUUACAAGAAGGUAAUAGUGGUUUAUCCAACAUUGUUCGCUCAAUUAUAUCAGAUAGAGUACUUGACAGAAUAUUGCUGAGCUUGGAAGCCGAGAUGGUGGAGGAAAGGAUUGCAGCAACUGGGAUUGUGCUAAAAUGCAUGGGAGAGGAUGGGCGUUCCAGGAAACUAAUUGCUGAGAGAGUACAACUUGCACCAGUUCUGGAAAGCUUUGCCAUUGUGAAUGAUAUGGAGCGCUUUCAGAUUAUUUGCUUUCUUUUCGAGUUAACUAAGCUCAGCAGGAGAUUGUCCAACGAGAAGGUUCUUCAAGCUAUAAAAGGUGGAGGUGCUUUUAGUAUGAUGCAUUCACUCCUCAUCUACCUUCAAACUACGCCAAUGGAACAAUCCCCUGUUGUUGCUGGUCUUCUUCUCCAGCUAGAUCUUCUGGUGGAGCCAAGAAAGAUGAGUAUAUACCGUGAAGAAGCUGUAGACACACUUAUCACGUGCCUCAAAAAUGUGGAUUUUCCUAGCAUUCAACUGAGAACUGCUGAGACAAUCUUAGCUCUCUUAGGAAGAUUUUCAUCCUCUGGAAGGCCUCUUGCUCGAGCUCUUCUUUUAAAGCAUGCUGGAAUAAGAAAAGGCUACCGAGCACUAAUGGAAACUGAGCAGACUGGCCAAGCUCCUGAAGGAUCUGAGCACAAUCUGGAAGAGGAAAAGGCUGCUGAAGCUUGGGAAAGGAAAAUGGCCUUUGCUUUAGUGAGUCAUGAAUUUGGGCUUCUCUUUGAAGCUUUAUCUGAUGGUUUGAAGAGCAGAAAUCUUGAGCUGUCCUCUUCUUGUCUUGUCUUGGCAACCUGGCUUAGUUAUAUGCUCUCCCUACUCCCUGAUACUGGGGUAAGAGGGGCUGCACGAGUCUGCUUGAUGAAACAAUUUAUCACAAUUUUGAAGUCCGCAAGGCAUACUGAUGAGAAAGCACUUUCAAUGCUUGCCCUCAGAAGUUUCAUGCAUGAUCAAGAAGGUCUAUUCAAUCUUACUCUUUAUAUUAAAGACAUAUUGAAAACGUUAAGGGAGCUCAAAAAGUCAUCUAUAUUGGCAUAUGAGAUGCUAAAACUUUUAUCAGAUGGUCAUGAUUCAAGCAUUAAAGAUAUGUGGGUCUAUAAGGAAUUGAUGCAAGUAGAUUGCAGCACAAAUGGUGAAGUCGUAUCAGUAAUAUGCUUCAAGAAUAUGAUAUUCUCUGGCCACCUCGACGGAAUGAUAAAGGUCUGGAAAGGUGAUGAGAAUCUUCUUAGUCUGUUACAAGAAACACAUGAACACUCUAAGGCAGUCACCACUUUGGCCAUACUGAAGCCCAGUGACAAAUUAUACAGUGGGGCACUGGACAAAACUAUAAGGGCGUGGGCUAUUCUUGAUGGAAAGAUCCACUGCACAGAAUUUUUUGAUAUGAAAGAUUCAGUGCGUAAUCUUAGUGUUACAAAUACCUUUGCUUGCUUCACUCCACAAAAUUCUGGUCUCAAGGUACUAUCUUGGAAUGGAGGCUCAAAGACUUUUAAUUCCGGUAAGAAUGUGAAGUCUUUGGUUCUUGUUCAGGGGAAGCUAUACUGUGGUUGCAAUGACAGCAGUAUUCAGGAAAUAGAUUUGGCUACUGAAACGUCUGUUACAAUUCACCCUGGUAAAAAGAAGUUGUUGGGGAAGGAAACUCCAAUUUAUGCUGUGCAAGUACGUGAUGGGCUGAUUUUCUCAGCUGGAAUGUUUGUAGAUGGUGUAGCAGUUAAGAUAUGGAGUACUUCUGAUUACAGCCUCGUCGGAUCUAUACAAUCUUCCAUAGAGGUAAGGGCGAUGGCCAUCAGCAAAGAAUUGAUAUAUCUGGGCUCCAAAACUGGAACUUUAGAGAUUUGGUCCAAAGAGAAGCACACCGCUGUGGGUGCUCUUCAGAUAGGCACAAAUUGCAGGGUUCAAUGCAUCGACGUUGAUGAGGAAGGAGAAAUGCUGGUGAUAGGAACAUCCGAUGGACGGCUUCAGGUAACUACUGCUCAUUCUCUUCUAGCAUGGGAAUCAACACCAGACUGUGAGGACUGAGAGCAUGCCAAUAUGCACGUUGUUUGUUUGAACUUGCAAUGACUGAUACCAAAUCAUAAAAAUUGCAGGUCUGGGGCUUGACUUGAAGAAAUAUAUAUCUAUAAAUAAAUAAUUAAGCAUA